UCUCUCUGAGUUUAUUACUUUAAAAGGUUUCCUAAUCUUUGUAACGCGGAAAACCGUUUUUAGCCUUCCAGUAAGAACACUAGAUGGAGACGCAAUUUCAUGGCGGCGAUGGAGAAGAUCCUUGGCUAGCUCGAGACAAACUAUACCAUGUAAUAUUCUGCUUCUCAAUCUCUCUUAUCUUCUCUACUCUCGCCUCUUUCUCCCGCUACUCCUUUCUACGCCGUCACUCCAUCUGGAUCGGAUCUGCUUUCUCACUCGCCGCCGGUGCGGCUAAAGAAGCUGCCGAUCAAAUUGGUAUCUUCCCUUCCGCAGGUGCUUCCGUUAGAGACGCCGUCGCGGACGCCAUUGGAGUUGUGAUAGCUGCUUUGGUUCUCCUCCUCUGGAAAUCUCGAAGAUCACGUACCCGACCCAUCCUUCCGAUUUGAAUCUUCUUUCUUAUUGCUGCCGAUUCGAUUCACAGUAGAAAAUAUUCCGUUGAAGCUUGUCAGUGUUGUAUCCACGGAUAAUCUCGCAAUUUUUAUCAAAAGUUUGAUCAUCACAAAAUUUUGGUAAUCAGUCUCCUUUGAUUUUACUUGUUGAAAUGAAAACAUGCAACAAACAGUUUAUGAGAGUAUUGUUGAUUCAAGUAAAUCAGUUUUGAAUAAAACUGUACUCAGAUUAUUGCUGCUAAAGUAU